GCAGGCCGAAGCAACGGCUUGCGUUAUUUAAGUUUCCAAAGUUAAGUACGCGCGGCCAAAGUGCGAUCCCCUGAAGUGGUGUGUGUAAGAAAAUAACUAUACAUAAAAAAUUUUUUUUUUAAAAAUGCGUUUAGUUGUUGUAAUUUACCGCUAAUGUAGAGUAACACACGGAUCAAACAAAACGUUCCGGAUACGCGUUUGAACUCAUUGUACGGCUGUUUGGGAUACGUCCAAGGAUGAGUCAUGUAAGCAAGGUGUCUAUUCAAGUUAAGUCGAGUGACGAGUGAUGAACCCGAAACAACCCGGCGUGGAAAAAAUAAAACGGACGGCAUACUACUGACCGACUUGGAAUUUUCCGCUUAGUCGGGCAAAGCAAGCGUGACCGUCAAAAUAAUUGAGGUCUGAAAUUGUUGGGCGUUUUAGUCUUUGCAAUGGAAAUUAUACUGAACACAAUACAAGGACUAUUCUAGGACUCUAAUGGCUGCGGAAAAAAUGUGGUUUAUCGCGGAUUGCUCAAUACAAUUUCGCCGAGGCCAUCUUCAACGAAUGUUGCAGUUCACGAUCUAACGAUGCGUGACCACCGAGGUUGCAGUUGACAUGGAUGGCGAGAACAGGAUCAUAUUGAAUGUGGGCGGCAUCCGGUACGAGACGUACAAAGCGACGCUGAAGAAAAUACCGGCCACGAGGCUCAGCAGACUCACCGAGGCUCUGGCCAACUACGAUCCUGUGCUCAACGAGUAUUUUUUCGACCGGCAUCCGGGCGUGUUCGCCCAAGUGCUGAAUUAUUACAGAACGGGGAAACUGCAUUAUCCGACAAACGUUUGCGGUCCGCUGUUCGAGGACGAAUUGGAAUUUUGGGGUUUGGACUCGAAUCAAGUGGAACCGUGUUGUUGGUCCACGUACAGCAUUCACAGAGACACACAGGCCACGCUGGCGAUACUCGACAAACUCGACAUCGACUCGGAGAAACCCAACGAAGAGGAAGUGGCCAGGAUGUUCGGGUACGAGGAAGAAUACUUUGCCGGCACGCUGACCUGUUGGCAAAGGACCAAGCCGAAACUCUGGGCGCUGUUCAACGAGCCCCAUUCGUCGUUAUCGGCCAAAGUAGUCGCAGUUGUAUCGGUAUUUUUCAUAUGCGUUUCCGUGUUGUCGUUUGCGCUGAAAACACAUCCGGACCUGAGGGUAGCCACGCUUAGGAACGUCACAGUGCCCAAAGAUCGACCACCGGCUCCGGGGAAAAACCCGCCGUUGGAAUGGGUUCUCAGCAAAGACCGGACGGAUCCUCACGAAGCGUUUUUCUACGUGGAGCUUGUCUGCAACGUUUGGUUUACUUUCGAACUUUUAGCUAGGUCAAUUGUCACUCCGAAUUUCGUGCAUUUCGCCAAGUCGCCGGUGAACAUCAUUGAUUUCGUGGCCACGUUAAGUUUCUACACCGAUACAAUACUGCAAAACACAUUAGCCCAACAUUUCGACAAUACGGAAAUAUUGGAAUUUUUUUCCAUCAUCAGGAUAUUGAGGUUGUUCAAACUGACCAGGCAUUCGCCGGGACUCAAGAUACUCAUACACACGUUUAAAGCGUCCGCCAAGGAACUCACUCUGCUCGUGUUUUUCUUGGUCCUGGGUAUUGUGGUGUUUGCCAGCUUGGUGUAUUACGCCGAACGGUUACAGGCAAAUCCGCAAAACGACUUCAAAAGCAUUCCCGAGGGCUUGUGGUGGGCUAUCGUGACCAUGACCACAGUGGGAUACGGUGAUAUGGCACCGAAAACUUACAUGGGCAUGUUCGUCGGAGCCUUGUGCGCCUUGGCCGGCGUGCUGACCAUUGCACUGCCCGUUCCUGUCAUCGUGUCGAACUUCUCAAUGUUCUACUCGCACACGCAGGCUCGUUCGAAAUUACCCAAAAAGAGGAGAAGGGUGCUUCCGGUCGAACAACCCCGUCCUAAACGGUGUGAUGCUGUUUGCGCAGGAGUGAUGGGUGCUGCUGGACUAUUGCCCGGCAACAGGAGAAUGGCUGUGACCACCGCUCAGGGCGCCAUACUCAAAGACACAUUUACACCGCCCAAGUUGGGUAAUAUGAACGGUAUGAACGUACUGAGUCUAGCAUUUCAAGCGCCUCAAAUUCCGGGCAUACCUUCGCCGUCGUUUUUGCCGUACAAUUCACCGCCGAAAUCCUCUUCGGGUUCACAAGAUACGUUUUCUGGAAGCGUGUUGAACGGUCGAGGUGGAACAGUGGCCCCAGCACCGCUUCAGCCACGAGCAGCUACCAUCGAGUCGGUUUUCCUCCCAUUACAGCCAAGUCUAUUAGUGUCUCUGGGCGAAGACUCCAAACCUCACGACAUCGUCAUGCAGAGGACUUCGUCGCUGCCCAACUCGUCCGGGAUCGACUCGGUCAACCCUUCGUCUUCAUAAACGUUUUGCUCACACGAUAAUGUCUCGUGCAUGUACUUUACUAUAACAAUAAUAUUGAACGGGUCAUUUCAAAAACGACACAAGUCGCUUUCGCUAAUUCUUAAAUGCAUGCUUAAGAUACGGCCAGCUACUUCUUGUCCUUUGUGGUGUAGGAACGACCAAUAUGAAGACCAUCCCGACAAGCAUAAGUCUCUCCACUCCUAGCUGUUGGUCGCAGACGUUGUCCUAUCAACUCCAAACUUAAGUUUUUCACAUUCUUAGUUUUUAACUUUAUCUCGCCAUCCCAAUGCAAAGGUCUCUGUUCUUAGGAAAUACCUUCCUGCGCGUGGAUAAUAUUGAGAAUCAGGUACAUCACACUUGCGCCAUACAUGUCCAGCCUGUUUCAUUCUAGUCUUCGUUAUUUCUUCUACAAUGCCCGGUCUUUGGUGUAGGUAAGCAGACUACCAUAUGCUUGACUGCAAUGAUUUUUGGUAAAUAAAAAAUACAAAGAGUAAAAAAAAAAUUGAAAAAAAUUGAAAAAACAAACACCGAAAUGUAAUUGCUAUUAUUGCACAACCUCGUGAAUUGUUUUUCUUAAGCACAAGUGCAGACCCUGCAGAACUGCAAAAAGUCGUUUUUGUAAAAACAAUCACUCGUGUCGAUUUUGAAAUGACCUAUUCAAUUAUUAUUGCACCAAAAUAAAAAAAUGUCGGCACCGUUUGUUGUACACUUAACGCUAUCUACCUGUUACUGUUUGCCGCUGAAAAGGUCGACCCGAUCAAGUUAGAUGGCGACGCGCAUUGGUUUCAAAUCAAAAAUAACUGGGCAAAACCCCAGUUCUAAUUUCUAUUAUUUUAAAUGAGAACAAAAAUUUGGCAGAUAAUUUUUGAUUUUGAACUACUGUGCGACGUCGCACGACCAAAGUCCCAUCACACUCUAGAUAAAACCACUAUUAUAAUAAUAGAGUUCAUCAAGGCAGACCUUUGUUGUUGGCACACUUAACUAUUGCAAAACAAUACAGGCACGGAUUUCAAUGACCUUAUAUCUAAUGUUUCAAUAAAAAAAUCAACACAUUCAAAAACGUCCACUUCAGAUUUGCUUAAAGGCCACAUCUUUGUUUUGAACCAUACAUCUAUAAUAUACUAUACUGUUUUACUAGUACCAUAAUAUUGUUCUUGUUAAAUAUACACUUUGAGAAGAUAAACACCUUAAAUGUUCUAAAUAAAAAAAAAAAUAUACAUGUAUAUCUUAUAAAAUACUAUAUUCAGUUGCUAUUUUGUGUUUUUGUAAAUCAUAAAGUUAUCAUGUACAUGGACAUAAGAUCCGGUUAAAGUGGAUAAAGCGGACAAGAACAAUAAGAGUACCUGCUUACAAUGAUGUAGUGGUCCACGUAUAGCUGUUGUAUAGUUAAUUAUUUAUCUACAUCGUUUGAUUCACACUAUUAUUGACUUUGAAUGUUCUGUGAUAUUUUUUCCAAGUAUAAAAUUAUUAUUGUUAUAAACAGUUUUUUAAGCAUCCUAUAUUUUAAAAAUGUUCUUUUUUAAUAAUAUAUUAUAAUUAUUUAGUUGAAAAAUGUAGUAUUUUAACGUUUUAAUAUCUUUCAUUAUUAUUGUACUAUUAAAUCGUAAGUGUAUAUUGUUAAAAUUAAUCAAAAAAAAAAAAUCUAAAUUUCGCAUUUAUUUUUGAGAAUUUAACGGGAAGUCAUUUAAAACUAUACUAUAUAAUUUUAGUUAUAAACGGUUUAUCGUUCUUACCUGUAAAGUUGUUACGUUUCAUUGCAU